AGUGCCAGAUGGGCUCAAGUUCUGACACAUGCCACGCUACUUGCGGGAUAUUAUCGUGCUCGCGAUUUGUCUUCUGGACGUGUGUGGCAUUACAGCUGCAGAGCCAUUUUGGUCUCCUCUGCUAUGGCCUGAAGUGCGAGCAGGCUGCCGAUCAAGCGCUGCAGCGCAUUCAGAGCAAACCAAUAGCUCGGAUGAACUACCGCAUGUUCGACCGUUUCGAUCCCAUGAGUUUCUCCAUGGUGAAUCUCCGAAAUCUUGGCUUCGUGGUGCUUAUGCUUUGGUCAAGAAGCUUCGGAAUUGCACAACCGUGAGAAGUUGCGCCUUUUCCUGGUCUUUCCUCGCGCUUAUUUUUGGAGCCCGAAAAGGCGGGCCCUUUGAAAGCGAAGGUAGGAGGGCAGUGUGGGAGAAUUUGUGGACAGACGCUACGCAAAGAAUGAUUCACCUUCGCCAAGCAGAACUUCUGCGGGCAAAGGCGACGCGUUUGCUCAGCCCUUUUGGGGGACCGCAGGAGCGAAAGGUUCCUGAUGAGGGCUCGUCUGUGUUGUUACUGUCGGCCCAUUCUGCCGGCUACUUCCAAGAGCCUUUCGUUGCGCCCUUUGUUCGCCAGCUCGAAUGCUAUGCCUUUGCACGAGGUAUGCAAUUUGCAGCUGAUGGUGGGCCCUGGCCAUUGCGCCAUGUGCCCUUGGGCCGCACAGGCCACUACUUUUGGGUUGGCCACUGGCAUAGUACAAAGAUAGGUGCUGAUGGUGCAGUUGAACAAGAAAAAUGGGAGGAGGACCACUUGAAAUAUGUCGUGACUCUGGUUGAAGAUUUGCAACAGUACCAGCUCAGCAGAGCGGUGGAGCUUGCAUCCCUUGAGAAUUUUGUGACUAUCUAUUUUGAUGACCCGGGCAAGCAGACCAAGAUUUGGUCUAUUGAACGCCAGCUGGACAAGCAUGUCAUGAUGGUCCUGUACCUUGAUGUGGAUGUGACAAUACGACCUGACAGUCUGCAAUGGGGUUUGAUCCCAUUCUUGGUCCCACAGUCGCAUUCCCACCGUCCCGGUGAUGUGUUUGUUCGAGACUCAUGGCCUGUAAUUGAGUGCCUGAACAGCGGAUUCUUGGCACUCCGCAAUACCAGAGCAUCCCGAUUGCUCCUGGAGCUGUGGCGACAAAAGACGCGAUGGGCAGCAUCCUGGGACCAGAGUGCUUUAGCCGAGUCGAUCUUGGAACUGGUAGGCAUGGAAAUGCAGCUGCUGGGAAAGCGUGGAUACAACUCGGAAUGCCUGCGAUUUCUUCUUCCACUUCCGAAUGGCGUUUUUCCCUAUGGCAUGUAUUGCGAUUGCUGGCAGUCCGUCCUCAGUGACAUGAUUGGACCACAUCGGAAACGUCGCAGCCGGAUUGUGACUUUUGUGGAUCCAGAGCGCAUUGAUGUGCCCUGCAAUCGAACCAGCAAUUUUCAUCCACGCGCUUUCUUAGUGCUGUGCUGUAGCGGCGCGGUGAAAUUGGAAGUGUCAGGGACAGCCCAAACUUUAAGGUAGGAACAUCUAGUGAUGUAGCGACUGCAGUGUGAUUGUAACAAUCUUUGGAUUGCUUAUAUAGUGGGAGGGUGGACAUGGCCAUUUUGGCUCAGGUCAUGCCAUGUGGCCAAAUUUUGGUUUUGUAUCCUGGCAUGUCGCCCCAGCUUGCGCCACCUGCAGCCACGUUGACUUGGCUACUGAUCUACUUGCUGGUGUUUGUUCUGGUGCGCUAUACGCCCUCUUGCUUGGCUGCUGUUGUGUGUGUUGCUGCUACCAAGAGUUCUGGGCAUCCAGUACCAUUGCAGCUCCCUUCAGGCAACACUGUUUCCAUUAAUGGGCCCCACAACUGAACAGGCUAAGCGAUUUGACUUCAUUGGGCGCAGUUGUACGGUGGAUCAGGCUUGAAAGCUCCAGGACGAAAGCCAGAACAGUCCACGGCAGCCUGUUCAACUUACUGAACGGCGCUGAAGGAUCGAAAAGCCGAGCUGGCGGCUGCAAUUGCACCUUUGGCGUGUGCCAGCAACAGGUGGAGGCGGACGACCCCCCCUACCAUGGCAGACUUGAGGC